AUGUCGAGAUUGUUGCUUCCAUUUCAACUACUCAAUUGAAAAUUUGUGCAGGCUCCGGUGGAAAAUGUAAAUCAGGGGAUCGGAAAAGCUCCCCAGUCAGCUGCCACACCCAACAGCACAAUCGAUGUUUCAGAUGUAAAGACUAUUAAGGUUGGCAACAUUUCCCGGACUGUAACCGCUAGAGAUAUCAAAGAAUUCUUCUCAUUCUCUGGAGAAAUCAAAUACGUAGAAAUGCAAAGUGAAACAGAAAACACCCAACUCUCUUAUGUCACCUUCAAUGAUGCACAAGGUGCCGAUACAGCGAUUCUCCUCUCGGGAGUCACAAUAGCAAAUCAGCCUGUCACUAUAGCACCUGCUAAGGAGUACCAGCUGCCGCCGGAAGCUCUCAUCCCUUCAAGCCCGUUGAAAAGGCCGGCAGUAACUAGUUCUGCUGUUGAGAAGGCAGAAGAUGUGGUGAGCACUAUUGUUGCCAAGGGUUUCGUCAUGGGAAAGGGUGCCCUUAGCAAGGCAAAAGCAUUCGACGAACAGCAUAACUUGACGUCCAAGGCAUCAGCCACGGUUGCUACCAUUGACCAGAGGAUCGGUCUGAUGGAGAAGCUAAGCAUGGGAAGAGCUGUUGUCAAUGAAAAAGUGAAACAGAUGGAUGAACGGUUCUUGGUCUCUGAAAAGACGAAAACUGUGUUUGCUGUUGCUGAGCAGAAGGCAAGCAGUGCAGGAUCUGCUAUCUUGAGCAACCCUUAUGUACUGACUGGAGCUUCAUGGGUCGCGGGUGCACUGGGUGCAUUUGCAAAGGCGACUGAGGACGUGACAACGAAAACCAAGGAGAAGGUUGUUAGAGCCGAGGAGGAGAAACAGCAGACCAUGCUCAGGCAGAGGACAGCAGUCAUUGAUGACUAUGCACAGAACCAUCUUGAUGAACCGUCUGGAAAUGAGCCUCCAGUAGUUCGAACAAAAUCUGCUGAUGAGACUAUGCCUGAAAUUGUAUGACUUAUUGCGAGCUUUUGGUCGUGAUCUUUUAAUUUUUGGUUUUCAUUUCUUCAGAGACGAACGAAUAUGUUCAAUUUGAUGUAUCAUUACCUGUGUUACAUACAAGGGAACAUACUCAUA